AACUAUUUUUUGACGCUGGCCUAUGUUGAAUCAAUUUGUUUAAUCCAAAAUAAAAAUUUGUGAGAUAAUUAUUUUAAUUGCUAGUUAAAUUUUUACGAAGUAACGCUAAUUAAUGAAAUAGAAGAGUAAGGUCAUCUUUAAAUAUAUAUUAUAUAUUCCAAAUUGCAGAAAAAAUGAGUUUUUCUAGUGAUGAAGUGAAUUUCUUAGUAUAUCGUUAUUUGCAAGAAUCAGGCUUCCAACAUUCAGCUUUCACAUUUGGUAUUGAAUCACAUAUAUCACAGAGUAAUAUCAAUGGGGCUUUAGUGCCCCCAGCAGCUUUGUUAACAAUCAUACAAAAAGGUCUUUUGUAUACAGAAGUUGAAUUGAGUGUAGGGGAGGAUGGCGAUACAAGGCCCGUUGAAAGUUUAAGUUUAAUUGAUGCUGUUAUGCCAGAAAUCAAAUCGCAAAAAAUAGUGAAGGGGGAAAGUUUAAAAAAUGAAAACUGUGCUGCCAUAAAGACUGAUGCAAUAAAGUCAGAACCAGCUACAGAAGCCAAUGGCAAUGAUGACAAUACAAUGAAUAAUACCCCAACAGCCACUACAUCAUCAACAACUUCAAAUACAAACACAAACCCAAAUAUAACAAAUAAUCAUAACUCAAAUACAACUGGCACAUCUACCGUUACUACAGCUAUUCCUCCUCAAAAUACACACCCAACUCCUUCUAAUACAACUACAACCAUCGUCAAAAAUGAAGCAAUGGAAGUUGACCAAAACAUUGAAAUACCGGCAUCAAAAGCAACAGUUUUGCGUGGACAUGAAAGUGAAGUAUUCAUAUGUGCUUGGAAUCCUAGCACCGAUCUUUUGGCUAGUGGAUCCGGGGACAGUACAGCGCGAAUAUGGGAUAUGUCCGAUAAUACAACUAGCCCCAAUCAGUUAGUUUUAAGGCAUUGUAUCCAAAAAGGUGGUGCCGAGGUACCAAGCAAUAAAGAUGUGACGUCAUUAGAUUGGAACUGUGAUGGUACAUUAUUAGCAACGGGUAGUUAUGAUGGUUACGCUCGCAUUUGGAUGACGAAUGGACAAUUGGCCUCUACUUUAGGUCAACAUAAAGGACCAAUUUUCGCCUUAAAAUGGAAUAAACGCGGAAAUUAUAUCCUUUCUGCUGGAGUAGACAAAACAACUAUAAUUUGGGACGCUUCUACUGGUCAAUGCACACAACAAUUUUCUUUUCAUAAUGCUCCCGCUUUAGAUGUAGAUUGGCAGACAAAUAUUUCUUUUGCUUCAUGUAGUACUGAUCAGAGAAUUCAUGUUUGUAAAUUAGGAGUUGAUAAGCCAAUCAAAUCUUUUCAAGGACACACAAAUGAAGUAAAUGCAAUUAAAUGGGAUCCCCAAGGGCAACUUUUGGCUUCUUGCUCAGAUGAUAUGACCUUGAAAAUUUGGUCUAUGAAACAAGACACUUGCGUUCACGACCUUCAGGCACAUUCAAAAGAAAUAUACACAAUUAAAUGGUCUCCAACUGGACCAGGAACUCAAAAUCCGAACACAAAUUUAAUAUUAGCAAGUGCAUCUUUUGAUUCUACUGUGAGACUUUGGGAUGUUGAACGAGGAGUUUGCAUUCACACACUUACAAAGCAUACAGAACCAGUAUAUUCAGUUGCUUUUAGUCCAGAUGGCAAACAUUUAGCAUCAGGUAGUUUUGAUAAAUGCGUACAUAUAUGGAGUACACAGACUGGACAGUUAGUUCACAGUUACAGAGGAACAGGUGGAAUAUUUGAAGUAUGUUGGAAUUCAAAAGGCACAAAAGUCGGAGCAAGUGCUUCGGAUGGCAGCGUGUUUGUACUUGAUUUAAGAAAAUUUUGAAUUAAAUGUAAGUAAUGGAAUAUACAUACAUAUACAAAAUAUUAUAAAAAAGUUUUUAAAUAAAAGGUUAUUUAAUAAUUAAA